AUGGGCCAGGGGCUAACACCUCACAUCAUGGGACCUUCCAUUGACAGCACCCAUGUCCUUUCUAACCAACGUGUUGCUGCUAGAGCCUCUAGAGCACAUCAAACCAUGACAUCCCAGCCAUGCAGCCAGAUUGAUGAGGAGAUCUUCGUUGUCGCUCAGCAACUUCAGGAGGUACAAGCUUAUCUUGACAGUCAAAAAGGGAAGCGUCGGGCCGAUGGGAGCCCCAAGGACGGCCAGGAUGUUAUAAGAGAACAAUAUGAAGAGCUUAGAACGUAUCUAAGAUCACUGGAGGACAAGAAGCUCGCUACGAGUAUUGCUUUGGCGGUAGACUCUGAUAGCCGUGUUAUUGCUGCGCUUACACGUGAAGAAGCUCAGGCAAGCGAUGAUCGACGUUUAGCAAUCAGAAUGAGUGUGAGAGACGAUGACCCGGACUCUUUGACAAUGGAAAGUGAGGUGGAGCAGCCUGACGCUGUCGGAGAGCCCCAGUCUAGUGAUGAUGAGUGCGUCGCAGGUCCCUCCAUGACCUACAGAGAGAGACAGGCCUUGGAACUUGAGAAGUCGGCCGCCACAGAAACACAAUGCUGUGUGUGCUACGAAAGCUUUUACACUCACAAGGUGACGCGAUUGGACUGCAACCAUAAAUACUGUAACGAUUGUCUCAAGGAUCUUUUCCGGAGAGCGACGAAGGACUCAACUUUGUUCCCCCCACGAUGCUGUCGUAUGCCGAUUCCUCUAGAACUUGUUCAGAAACACUUGUCAGAGACUGAGACGUCCGACUUCAGAAGCGCGGAGAUAGAGUUUGCUACGACAGACCGGACCUACUGCUGCAAUGCCAGCUGCGGCAAGUUCAUACUACCUCACAACAUCACAGCCGGCCGAGCCCAGUGUCCUCACUGCAGAUCCGAUACCUGCGCAAUGUGCAAAAACUCAUUCCAUACUGAUGACUGUGUUGAGGACGCCGAGCUCCAAGCUACACUAGCGCUGGCCAGCACCCAAGGCUGGCAACGGUGUUUCCGUUGCAGGGCUCUCGUCGACCUGGGCAUCGGCUGUUACCACAUCACGUAUUGCAAAGACUCCCCGCCCCUAUUGCCCACUUCUACUGACUUACCUAUUCAAACAGGUGCAAAUGUCGAGCCGAGUUUUGCUACCUCUGCGGCCUUCAGUGGAAGACUUGUGAAUGCGUCGUAUGGGCCGAGGAAAGACUCGUCGCCAGAGCGGUGGAAGUCGUGGACCGUCAGGCUGAAGCGCCCUUGCCACCUCAGGUCCGUCAACAACGGGUUAGACAGAUGCAGGAAGAUCUGCGACAUAAUCACGAGUGUGAACAUCCCGGAAGAUUCCGCCGUCUUGAAGGUUCAAGGAGGAGGGUAUUCGAAUGUGAGUUCUGUGGAGCCCGCCACCGGAAUUAUAUUCUUGAGUGCCGCCAUUGCCAUAUCGAACUUUGUGAGAGCUGCCGACGCCAUCGCAUUUAAGGCGGCAUAG